AAGUUGAAUCAAUAAUCCCUAUCCCUAUUUGGCUUUUAAUGAUGUCAGAUUUCGAGCCAAAAAAAAAAGUCUAACAGAAACUAAUCGGUGUACGCUAUGAACAUACAUACGCCUAUUGAAUAUUAUUUUAGGAGCUAGCUCUGUUCUUUUUUUUUUGUUGGACGACGGAGCUAGCUUUGUUCAGAUCUUGUAAUCUGAUAUGUCAAGACAUAUAUCUAAAUCCAAAUCGAAGGCCUUGUACUUGUACAAGAAGGCUGCUGCUGUUGGCAUUCAGAAACUUUCAUUAUCGGCGGCACAGUUGAGGACGUCUGCAACUCGGGCUACCUGCACGCACUCGGAAGAAAUUUCAGAAGGCGAAGACUGGUACGCUUCCCAUAUCAUCCAAGAGAAGGACCUUCUCCGCAAGAGCCUCCACAAUUCGGGAACAGGGCUUCAAGUUCUGGACUUGGUUAAUCGCGGUUCCUUGGAAGCGGACCGGACUCUGUACAAUAAGUUGCUAAACAGAUGUACCCAGAUGGGCAGAAUUCAACAAGCAAGAAUUGUGCACGCUCACAUCCUUACUUCCCACUUUAAAGAUGACCUUCCCAUCCACAACACCAUCCUUAACAUGUAUGUCAAAUGCGGUAGUUUGGAAGACGCUCGUAACCUGUUUGAUCAAAUGCCUUGCAAGGACUUGGUCACUUGGACUGCCUUGAUUUCUGGCUAUUCUCAAUAUGAUCGACCUCAGGAUGCACUUGUUUUGUUUCCUCAAAUGCUCCUCCGUGGCCUGGAACCCAAUCAGUUCACCUUUUCUAGCUUGUUCAAGGCUGCUGGUGCUGUGUCUGAUGAUAACAACAAGCACGGCAGGCAGCUUCACGCUUAUUGCCUUAAGUACGGUUUUGAUACCAAUGUUUAUGUGGGCACUUCUCUUGUGGACAUGUAUGCUAGGUGGGGCCAUAUGGAUGAAUCCCAGUUGAUCUUUGACUCCCUGGAGACCAAGAAUGAGGUGUCUUGGAAUGCUUUGAUUGCUGGGCAUGCUAGGAAGGCUCAAGGAGAGCAUGCUCUCAGGUUGUUCUGGAAGAUGCUCAGGGAAGGAUUUAAACCCACACAUUUUACUUAUUCUAGCGUCUUUACUGCCUGUGCCAGUGCAGGGUCUAUGGAGCAAGGCAAGUGGGUUCACGCCCACAUGAUAAAAUCGGGUGCUAAGCUUGUUGCUUUUGUCGGGAAUACUCUUCUUGACAUGUAUGCCAAAUCAGGCAGCAUUGAGGAUGCAAAAAAGGUUUUUGACAGGUUGGUUAGACAAGACAUUGUUUCUUGGAAUUCUAUGCUUACUGGAUACGCCCAGCAUGGGCUUGGACAGGAAACUGUACAGCGGUUUGAAGAAAUGCUGAGAAUUGGAAUCCAACCUAAUGAUAUAACCUUUCUUUGUGUUCUUACUGCCUGCAGCCAUGCUGGUCUCUUGGAUGAGGGACAAUAUUAUUUUGACUUGAUGAAAAGUUACAACAUAGAACCGCAGAUUUCACACUAUGUGACAAUUGUUGAUCUUCUUGGCCGUGCAGGUCUUCUUGAUCGAGCUGAGAAGUUCAUAAGAGAAAUGCCGAUUGAACCCACUGCAGCUGUUUGGGGAGCCUUGUUAGGUGCAUGUAGGAUGCACAAGAAUAUAGACUUGGGCGCCUAUGCUGCUGAACGUGUUUUUGAGCUUGAUCCCCAUGAUUCAGGCCCCCAUGUCUUACUUUCUAAUAUCUAUGCCUCUGCUGGCAGAUUGAGGGACGCUGCAAGAGUGAGAAAGUUGAUGAAAGAUUGUGGGGUGAAAAAAGAACCUGCUUGUAGUUGGGUGGAGAUUGAGAAUGCAGUCCACAUGUUUGUGGCAAAUGAUGAUGCUCACCCGCAAAGAGUAGAGAUCCUUCAGAUGUGGGAGACGAUUAGUGGGAAGAUUAAGGAGAUUGGAUACGUCCCAGACACUAGCCAUGUUCUUUUCUUUGUGGACCAGCAGGAGAGGGAAGUCAAGUUGCAGUACCAUAGUGAGAAGCUUGCUCUAGCAUUUGCGCUUCUUAACACUACUCCAGGAUCCACCAUUCGGAUCAAGAAGAACAUCAGGGUUUGUGGUGAUUGUCAUUCGGCAAUCAAGUACGUCUCAAAGGUGGAAGGGAGAGAAAUCAUUGUGAGAGAUACAAACCGGUUCCAUCAUUUCCGCGAUGGCUCUUGUUCUUGUAGGGACUAUUGGUAGCGCUAAUUGCAUGUGGCUAGUUGCAUUGCAUACAAAACUAAUCCUUUACCUGACUGUUCAUGUUUGGGUCCUUGUGAUUCAUGUGCUUGUGAUCUGUGAUGCGACAGUCUUCCUCUUUAAAUUGAGAAGAGGAACUUGAACCUCCCAUUCUGGAAGCAACUUCACAUUAUUUGCCCAACUGUAUCUUGUGAGCUAUGCGCGGCAGAGGAAAAAUGUGUUCCAAAGUGCUGUGAAUUAUGAACAUCGAGAAUGUCAUAAGGACAGAUGAAAGCUUCGAUGGAAGUUUUUAUUUAGUGAAGAAGAUCAUGGAUUACUACCUGACCUGUGAGGUUUCCACAUACGGUAAGCAGUCAGAGACGAAAACCUAUGAAGAACCCUCCAAAAGAUGAUGAAAUUAUUCAAUUUAUCAGAAAAGGAUCAAAUUAUAUCCUGUGGCACAAUCAAGAUAUGCAGAAUUUCUUCUAUUGAAUACAAUUGAGGGCAGACUAACAUUUGUUGAAUACGAUUAUCGCUCUUUUCUCAUCGUACAGGCAGCUAUGGAUGAGAGCAAAAAUUUCAAGCUUCCAAUGUGAUAAUUAUUCAAGUUUCUGGAAAUUUCAGUUAGAGAUCACAUCACAGUGGCAAUGUAGAUAAAGUCGGUCAUAUCCUACAUUGUAAAAAAUUUCUUUUCUUUAAUAUUUGAAUUCGUCUCAACCGGAGCAUUGAAAAGUUUACUGUAUUGGAGGCGAGCAAUGCCCGAGUGACAGAAACAAGAAAAGAUUGUGAUAGUUCUCUGCCGUCUGUCACUCAUAUGUAGCAAUGUUGAACAAUACGAUAGAAUGAAUGAAGGUGUUUUCUUUUUGUUGGAAUAAAUGGAUUGAAAGCCGAAAAGUGAAA